AUGUCGUUCAACUCAUCUGAUACUCCUUCAUCGUUGUACUCGUUGGUUGAUGAACAUGCAGGAGGUUUACUUGCUCCAUGGAUCAAAUAUUCACGUUCUUCUGGAGACUACAGUAUUCUAGAAGAAUACCUUGAAACAGCCGUGAAAUCCUACUUGUACAACGGUGGCAAAGGAAAACUCGUCUCGAUUUCUGAGCUGGUAAAGAGAAGAAAUAAGCAGAGAAAUGCACAACUUGGUGCGUUACGGCGGAAAAAAGGAAGAGGUAAAAGUGGUCCAAACAUUCUCGACGACAUUAAUCAGGAUGGAUUGGGCGCUGGCGAUUUUCUUAAAGCGCUCAAAAUCCUGGAUGGUGCCAGUGCAUUUGGAAUGAAAGCGGUCAAGUAUAGGGAACUUGUGUGGGAUAUCAAACAAAGAGGAAAAAUGGGCGAAAACCUUUUACACAUCUGUCUACUACAUAACACUGCGGAUAUGAAUGAACUGGCGAAACAAAUAGUGAUUCGAUUCCCAAAAAUCGUAAACGAUAUUUUUAUAUCGGAAGAUUAUUACGGUCUUUCACCUCUCCACCAAGCAAUUGUAAACGAAGAUGUUGGGAUGGUUUAUUUUCUUUGCAAAAAAGGAGCUGAUGUUCAUCAACGGCAAAUGUACUGGGGUGAGCUACCGCUUUCAUUUGCUGCUUGUACAAACAAUCAGGACUGCUUCCGGCUGCUACGGGCGUUUAAAGCCGAUCCGAAUAUGACGGACACUAAUGGGAAUACUGUACUGCAUUUGACUGUUAUCCAUGAUCUACCAGAAAUGUUCAGCCUGGCGUACAGGAGUGGGGCUUCUCUUGGCGCAAGAAAUAAUCUGAAACUGACCCCGUUGGCACUCGCGGCUCGCCUCGCUAACAAAAGAAUGUUCUCAUUAAUACUGGAAUGUGAAAUGGAUAUUGUAUGGAGAUAUGGGAAUAUUGUUUGCAAAGCGUAUCCGCUUUUGGAAAUUGACACCAUUCGUGAAGAAGAUGGAGCGUUGAAUCCAAACUCGGUGCUUGCGAAUGUCGUUUAUGGGGAUAAAAGCAGUCAUCUGGACUUCUUUGAUGGUCUACUGGAGGAGCUACUCGAAAGAAAAUGGGAAGCAUUCGCAAAACGCAGACUUUUCCAAUCAUUAUUCGGCUAUUUAUGGUUUCUUUUUGUUUUCUACAUAGCAUUCAUGACCCGGGACGUCAUUGAAUCGUAUCUACCUGAUGAAGAGGAUAGUUCAGCGAAUAUCUCAUCAUUCGACGAUGUUGUCGUCACCGUUCAAAAUCUGGCACAUCUCGAGAGUGGGAAUCAUGAACCAUUGCAACGACAAUGUCAUCUCUGGAAAUAUACCGAGAAUAAAAAACAGAUGAGCGCAUUUCCUGAAAAAGUGCUUCACAAAGCCUCUCAGUUGACUUUGUUGCUGAUCGUUCCGAUUCGUACAGCUUGUUUCGUUCAUCCGGUCAUGCUCCUGCUCGACAACGUGAUGACAAUUGCAGUUGUUCUUAUGACAACAAUGCAUUUCCUCUUUUAUUGCAGGGGGAUGAAAUUUGUCGGUCCAUUCGUGUUGAUGGUUUACAAAAUUGUUGUCGGUGAUAUGUUGCGAUUUCUGCUGAUUUAUUCCGUGUUUAUACUCGGAUUCGCACAAGCUUUUUAUGUGAUUUUCCAUUCAUGCGAGAUGGCAGAGACAGAUUAUAGGAAGCGGAAUGGGUUAGAUGAGGAUGACAAUUAUAAAGGAAGAUUCGAAAAUAUUAUGAAUUCACCUCGUGAAGCGUUGAUGCGGAUGAUUAUAAUGAGUGUCGGUGAAUUCGGUGCUGUUUAUAAAAAUCUUAACGAUUGUAAGAGCCGUGUAGCCCUCCAGGGGAAGAUAUUCUUCACUAUCUACGAACUAUUGGUCACAUUAAUGUUGUUGAACUUAUUGAUUGCUAUGAUGACACGGACAUACGAGAAGAUUGCGGAAACUGAAAAGGAAUGGAAGCGACAGUUAUGUGACGAAUAUUUGAAACUUUUCGCUCUUUAA